AUGGAUCAGAAAGCCCCCUCCACGUCCGUAGAGGAAAAGGUUGCAUCCUCACCCACCCACACCCCCGACAGCCCGGAGAAUGUUUCAGCGGCUGGCCCUGAGCAUGCACCAUAUAGGCUAUACAAGAGGCGAUUUGCUGGAUUACUGGGUCUGGUGGUUCUGAAUAUUGUCGCUGCAAUGGCGUGGCCGUGGUUUGGCCCAAUUUCGAAUGAUAUGUCCGCAGAGUUUGGAAUAUCGCUAGACCAGGUUAACUGGCUGGGCAAUAUUGUCGCAUUGGUAUAUCUACCUAGCGCCGUCCUUAUUCCGGCCGUUGUCUCUAGAUAUGGAAUUCGUCGAUGUUGCGACAUCGGCGUCAUUGCCCUCCUCCUUGCCGCCUGGAUCCGUUAUGCAGGAACUAGCAAGGCCCUCUCAAGCAAUGCAGCGUACGCCUUGUUAAUAGUAGGACAGUUCUUCGCGGCUAUAGCUCAGCCCAUCUAUCAAGUAUUGGGCCCGAAAUACUCGGAAACUUGGUUCGAUCUGAAUAGUCGAACUACUGCCACCAUGCUAGUUGCAAUAUCAAAUCCUGUUGGCGGCGCUGUUGGGCAACUAUUAAGCCCCUUGGUUGGAGACACGAGACAGUCUAUUCUUGUACUGGCGAUCAUAACCAGCGCCGCUAUACCUUUUGUACUUCUAAUAGGCGCAGCGCCCCCGACUCCCCCAACUUUCUCCGGCUCCAAGAAAUCUCCGCCAUUGCUGGCAAUGAUCCGUGCCAUGAUUGGUAUAGAGGUUUCCCCCGAGCAACACAUGACGGGUCGUGAGCGGACAGACUUCGCGAUUCUAGUAUUGGUGUUUGGUGUCAUUGUCGCAGGCACCAACGCGUUCGCCAUCUUGACGGGACAAUAUAUGGAGCCAUAUGGUUACUCGGAAGACAUCAGCGGGCUGAUGGGUGCAUGCUUGCUAUUGGCAGGAAUUGUGGCCGCCAUCGCGACUGCCCCUCUAUUCGACCGCGUGUUCACCCACCAUUUAGCUAUAACGGCUAAAAUCGUGGUCCCAAUCAUCGGAGCAGCAUGGUUGUCGCUCAUAUGGGCAGUGAAACCACAUAAUACUGGUGGUCUCUUCGUAAUCAUGGCUAUAAUCGGAAUCUGUGGUAUAAGCGUUCUUCCGGUCAGCUUGGAACUUGGGUGCGAGCUUACUCGAAACGCCGAUGGCAGUUCAGCGAUUCUUUGGUUUGCCGGUAACCUGUUCGCAGUCAUGUUCAUCUUAGUUCAGGGAGCCUUGCGCGCUGGACCAGACGCGAACCCGCCCCUUAACAUGCAUCAGGCGAUCAUGUUCAACGGAAUCUUUAUAUUCGUAAGCUCAUUUUUGGUUUUAUUCCUGAAAGGAGACAUGGUGCGCAAGGCGCGAGAUGAGGAGAGAAACCAGGAAAUCAACAUAAAUUCGAUGAACGCUCUGAGCAUGCUUGUAUGA